AUGUUUUUUUUCGGGUACUGUUUGAAUACAGAGCAGCUAAAGCCAAAAAGCUAUAUUAAUCCCCAUAUGAUUGUGCCAUCACUUGCAAAGAAUGUUCGUCCACAUCAAUUUGCCGAAGCAACUCCCAAAUUAACACUGCACGUAAAGUCACAUUUCAUCAUGUCGCAAAAGCAAUUAUUGCACGAAUGGGAGCAUUUGAGCAAAAAUAGCGUACUAUUCACAGAGGCGCUGUGUGCGAUCUACCGCAUUAGUGAUUACGAAGCAAUGGGUGCACUUGACGAUGCGGUGACCUUGCAUUAA